CUUAACCCUGGCAGAGUUCUACGAGCAGGACGAGAUACUCAAACUCAGGGCGGCUGCACUCAAGAAGGAGGACACUGACCUACAGCUGGAGAUGGAGAAGCUAGAGAGAGAAAGGAAUCUACAUAUACGAGAAUUAAAACGCAUUCACAAUGAAGAUAAUUCAAGGUUUAAAGAUCAUCCAACGUUAAAUGAUCGAUAUCUGCUGCUGUGUUUGCUCGGUAAAGGUGGCUUCAGUGAAGUCCAUAAAGGUUUUGAUCUCAAGGAGCAGAGGUAUGUGGCCUGUAAAAUUCACCAGCUUAACAGGGAGUGGAAGGAGGACAAGAAGGCAAAUUAUAUAAAGCACGCACUGCGGGAGUACAACAUUCACAAGUCACUCGACCAUCCACGUAUUGUGAAACUCUUUGAUGUCUUUGAAAUAGAUAACAAUUCGUUUUGUACUGUGUUAGAAUACCAGAAUGGAAAUGAUCUUGACUUUUAUUUGAAACAAAACAAGAGCAUUCCAGAAAAGGAAGCGCGGUCCAUCAUUAUUCAGACGGUCAGCGCCCUUCGUUAUCUCAAUGAGAUCAAACCACCUGUGAUACAUUAUGACCUCAAGCCAGGUAAUAUAUUGUUGGGCAGUGGCUCUGCCAGCGGUGAGAUCAAGAUUACAGACUUUGGCUUGAGUAAAGUGAUGGAUGAGACCAAUUUUCACCCAGAGACUGGCAUGGAUCUCACGUCACAAGGAGCUGGAACAUACUGGUACUUGCCGCCCGAGUGUUUUGUGGUGGGGAAAACGCCUCCAAAGAUUUCUUCCAAAGUUGAUGUCUGGUCUGUGGGUAUCAUCUUUUACCAGUGCUUAUAUGGCAAAAAGCCAUUUGGGCACAAUCUGUCUCAGGCGGCAAUUUUAGAAGAGAACACAAUAUUAAAAGCGACAGAGGUGGAGUUCGCAUCCAAACCCCCAGUUACUCAGGAGGCCAAGAAUUUCAUCCGGCGGUGCUUGCAGUAUAAGAAGGAGAUGAGACCAGAUGUGUUACAACUGGCAUCUGAUGAUUACUUAAAGCCAGCACAACUCAAGUCUAAAAAUAUGACGGAAGGAAACUUCUACUCUAGUUUGGGUCCUCCAACACCCAUCAGUGUUGGGGGUGGAGGAGGAGGAGGCGGUGGUGGCGCAGGAAUUGUGAUCUCAAGCAACCAGUCAUCGCCAGCAAUCAGUUCACACACCCCUUCCCAGCCGCCAUCUUUCAGCUUUGCCGAGAGAUUGUCCUAG